AUGUUUAUCACUGGCAUGAUGUUAAAAAUCUGUGCACCAGUUCGUGAUGAACAAAUUCAAUCGCUCCGAAAUAUGACUGAACUUUCAAAAAUCUUCCAAAAAGUGUUGGAAAUUCUGGACUUGAUGAGGCUAGAUCUUGCGAAUUAUCGUCUGAAAGCACUUAGACCUUAUCUGAAAGAACAUGCAGUUGAUUAUGAAAGACGUAUAUUUGAACAAGCUCUAAAAUCAAAUCGGUUUAGUCUUGAGCGAACAAAGGCUUGGCUACAACCAACCGUUGAUUCACUUCUUUGCACAGUCGCUGAGCCUAACCCUAAAAAUGAUUUGUUGCCAAAUCAACAUGAUCAUGGUAUUAAAUUUGCUCAAGUUUAUAAUGAAGCUCUAGUCUCGUAUAUUUUCCAGCAAGUAUUAAUUGACAAAAACAAUUGUCCUGAAACUUUCUUGUUGGAUUUGGAAAGACUUUGGAAUUUCCAGAAUGAAGGACAAGCAAUCACAAUUGCAGCAGCAUUGCUAAUGUUAACCAAGAACAUUGCUAAUGGUUCCUCUGCCAACUCAAUUAAUGGGGAGAAACUCGAGACAUUGAAGAAUAAUCUUUUUGUUUUGUUGAUGGAUCAUAGCACGAAAAUAGACAAUUUGACAACUGAAAUUUUAUCACAUUAUCCACCGACUAUUUCAUUUGAAACCCAAUCACUUAUCAAAUCCAUGGUUUCUAAAACUCUUUCCCAGUCAGAUAAAGUUUUCUCACUUCUUUCACGUAAAAUCCAAACUAAUAUUAAUUUAAAAGUUCCCGAAAUAAUAAUUAAAAAAUGGGAAAAUCAAUUUCAAUUGGUGGCAAGUUAG